CAUGCACAUCGUGAUAAGCACCAAUUGAAGUGUUUACGUUACAGUGGGUGGGUUUUACGUCAUAGAGAAACUCGAAAGUCAUUAUUGGUAGAUCAUUUUGACUUCUUCAGGACCACUUGAAAGUCAAAACGAAACUGAUUUAUUUGCAGGCACAUGCACUGCAACGGUAUGGAGUGUUUCAUCCCGUUUGCCAAGAUUACGAUGUAGUUGUAUAAUUAGCGCCUGCAAAACUUGUACAUUUCAGUCGUAUUUCCUAUACAAAUGCAAUACGAACAUCGUAACGAUUUUAGUGUCUUUCUUCAUUUAUGUACAUGAAAAAGCAUUGCUUUGGCUACAUAUUUAACGCUUGUUUCUUUUGGUGUUACUCUGAGUGUAUAUCCACACCGGGAAAGCUUGAAAAAUAUGCCUGGCUACGGUGGGAAUCGAACCUACGACCUUUGGUAUACUAGCCCAAUGCUCUGCCAACUGAGCGACGCGGUCAGGUCAGUUCGAGAAUGUGGUCUUUCGGAACUGAGUCUAGUUCCUACGAUUUGCUAGUGUUCCAAAGGUCGUAGAUUCGACUCCCACUGACGUGGCCAUUUCAAGCUUGCCCGGUGUGGAUAUACACUAGUACUGAACAUCUGACAAGCAUCAUAUUCACCUGAGUACAUAUAACACCAACACAGAAAAAAUCAUAUUUAAUACUUGUUUAUAAAACAAACAUAAAACUAAAUAAAAAGUGUUAAAACAAGUACGAUCGUACUAUAGUGGCCAGGAACUGCGUGACCCAGUUUCGAUCUUGUGCAAAUCGUUAAACGUUCAAAACCUUCGAGAUUUUGAAUUGAUAAACAAAUAACUAGACACUUGUGAAACUAAUGUUCUUGAAGUUUGCAACGUAGACUGAGUUCGCUAAAUGUUUUGCUUUAAUUUGGUCAUGCAAGAUACACUUUAUCCGGGCAGUUUUCAAAAGUAUUUCCUCGCAUUUGAAUUCGAUAGAUAAGUUAAAUGUCCCACAAUAUUUAGAAUAAACUGGCCGUGCUUAGGUCAGCUAACUUUUGCCGUACAUCAAAUUUUGCCUUGCCGUGCCUGCCAUUAAUUACAAAAUAAGUUAAGGUAACAAAUUAUCUGCCGGAAUUGUUGCCAGGUUAAUGCAAUUUCAUCUCGCUUAGUCAUGGCUUCAUAACUGCAUGCUUGUGCUAAAAACAAAUUAAAUGUCUUUGUUUUUACGGUUCACGAUUUUCUAUCGGACUAUGAAUAUUAUAUGACAGCCAGAUAGCAAUAUUACUCCACUACGCUUUGAGAAACUAAGCCAGCGUGUUAAAUUUAGUCAACCCCGUUAACGCUUAUAAUUAAUUGUUAUAAUUAGUCGUUCACAUUCUAGAGAAGCUUUAGACUAUUGUGAUUGUGUUCACAACAAUACUAGACAAUGUCUUUCUUAUCGUUGGCGUUUGCUGAUAUAUUUGCUGAAUAUUAAUGAUAUGUAUAUAUUAUUUGCUACGAAUACAGUCAAAAAUUGCUUCUAUCUUGCUUCUAAAGUCAAAAAUGAAAAAUCGAACACCGUCAAUCGAUGCGGAAUAUUGCUUAGAAUAAUUGUGUAAAAUUUCAUUCCGAUCAGACAAGUAAUGACGGAGUCUUAGGGUUUUUCAAAGAGCGUCGCCCCCUAACAACAACAAUAACAAGAAGAAGGUUAGCAGCGAUUGGGGACCAGUUCCUGGUCCAAUAAUCAAUUUAAGCAAAGCUAUAAAUUGCGGUUAAUGGAGUGAUGUGUUAAGCUAGCGGGCUGGGGUGUAAGCGGGCUGGUAAGCGGGCUGGGGUGUUUAUAUGGGAAAUUUUUCAUCUGAGAAAUCGAUGAGAGUUGAGAAGCGAGAGUUUGCAUGAGAGUUUUCUCAACUCUCGUGUCCGAUCAAACGAGAUCUAGAACAAGAAAUAUAAGUAAAACACACUUCGAAUAUUAUUAUCUCGUAAACUCGAGAUUUGAGUGAAGACAACGAAAUUCAGGGUGGUUUCAAUAGUUGAAACAACAAGAUGUUACAUUUCGUUAUCUUAUAAACCUCUGCUAAUUUCCUCGACUGCGCGUUACUGAAAAAUAUCGUUUGUGUGCGUAUUUCAUUAAACGUAUUCGCAGUUGCCGCUAACAUGUGACCCCGAUUAAUAAUCUUUCCUAUUAUUAAUUUUCAUUAAUCUUGGAUUAAGCAAACCAGGUUAUGAUUAUGCAAUCUGAAAAAAUAAUUCAGCCCCCCAGAACGGAAAUCUCAUGUAGAACAAAAGAGUACAAGCUCACUUGAUUGCCCAUCGAUCCCUUAGACCCUUAGUCUUUACGAGUUUUACCCAGGGGUGUCGGAACUGAAAGUUCUUGCAGGGAUUCCUGGCUUGUGGCAGCCAAGCGUUCAUGCAUACUGAUCAUGAUAAGUACCAAUGGACAUUUGCAUUAUAGACUAAAUUUUGAUCUAGACAAAAAUUUCAUCACAGCUUGAAAGAGCACCACAAAAUUAGUAAUAUUCCAAAGUUUCGUUGCGAAAUGUUGUAAAUUGCGGAUAAUAUAGCCAUGCGAAAUUUGCAAUUUCAGUCAUUUUAGAUUAGGCCACAUAAAAUAAAUUCCUUGAUUCUCAUCACCGCCCGACUGUAUUUUAAGAGCCGCGUGAAAUUUUUUUAUAUUUUGUUAUACAAUAUAAAUGUACCGCCCGACAAAAUAUUUCAAGACAGUUAAGUAUUUUAUAUUUUAUAUUGGGUUUUUAGUGCCAUUUUAAACUGCCAAUUUCAAACAAAUAGACCCUUGAAAGAAAUUUCAUUGCAUUUUAACGGAACUUCGCAUUCAGUUCAAGGGCCAGUCAUUGUUCGUGGAGAAAUAUGUUUAUUUCAGUUUGUGACACUUUUAUUUAUUGAUAUAUAGAAUUAUAUAAAUAUAAAAUAUAAAAUAUAAACCUCCCGCCUCUUCGACAUUUUCAAAGUGUAGUGAUGAGAAUCAAGGAAUUUAUUUUAUGUGGCCUUACAAACGGGAAAUUGAUGCCCCGACACCCGAUUGGGCUGUCAAUUUCCCAUGCGUAAUACAAAAUGACUGAAAAACGGCAAACUUCGCAUGGCUAUAUUAUCCGCAUUUUACAACAUUUCGCAACGAAACUUUGGAAUAUUACUAAUUUUGUGAUACUCUUUCAAGCUGUGAUGAAAUUUUUGUCUAGAUCAAAAUUUUGUCUAUAAUGCAAAUGGUCCAUUGAAGUGUUUACGUUACAGUCAGUAGCUGGGUUUUACGUCAUGGCGAAACCCGAAAGUCAUUAUUGGUAAAUCAUUUUGACUUCUUCAGGACCAUAUAUAAUCUCCCAGUGCUAUAACAAUAAGAAUCAAAACGACACUGAUACUCACGCUGCAAAGGUAAAAUUUACAGACGAACAAUCGAAACCAGGUAGGGAAAAUGUUUGAGUCUUAACACAAGAUAUAUAUAUACACCCGUUUUGAGAUUCCUUUAAUGAAGAAUCUUUCUUAUAGUUUAAAUACAUGGCUGAGGGCAAAUUGUACACUCGAGUCAUGCGAUUUGGAGUCGAGACUGUCGAAUGCAAUUUCUAUGACUUGUGACUUGAUUUGUUAAUAAUGAUUUAAUGAGAUUCGGCUAAUAUAGCGCAAGGGAGUUCGCCACAGGUUUAUCCCUAUUACGGCGACCCCAUAAUUAACUUUACAAUUACAAUAAUUUUAACGGCAGUCGAAACAAACUAAUUUAAAACAAAAUACAAAUUUUUGUAGUACGCUUUUAGUCCAGAUUUGAAAGCUUGCAGACCAAUAUCUCUAUUACGGAGGUCACUAUUUAAAACGUUCCUCGUUUUACACGCUCUAAUAAUGACUAAUAAGAUAUGAAGACUGGUAUGUUACAGUUUUAGCAAAGGGUAUUACAAAUCUAUUAUAUUAUUAGCACUGAUGAAGAUCCGGGCUUACGGAUCGAAAGCUUUGCAGUAAUAAAUGUACGUGGUGUUUCCACAAACAAAAUUAUUAUAUUACAAAUCUAAUCACGUUUUCGUUGGUUUCACGUCUGGUUUUUCUUGAUUCAGCUAUUAUUGGUAGAGCGCUCUCAUCAAUAAUUAACUUAUAGAGUAAAACCAUGUCCAAAUAUACUUGACUUUGCUCGGAACAAAAUGACUUUUGACUUGACAUGCACUUGCAAGAAAUGACUUUUUUACCAACGUAACUUAAACGCGCAGUCGUAAAUAUCUAAUGAGAAUGAACUUUUCUACAACUUGCACUGAAAAUUCAUCUUGCAUGCAAGACAACUAAUGCAGCCAUACGCCAAUAAUAUACAAUUACUUUAUGGUUUCCGUGUUUGGAUGGCCUGAUCCAAACACGCGGGAAUGUUGCGAGAGUUCAGAAAAACGCUCGAUAGGGAUCGAUAGACCAUGCUUUCACAAUAAGGGUCGAUAGACCAUGCUUUCACAAUUUUUGUUCUACAGGGUUGUUUAAAAGAAAGAUAAGUGAUUUUGAAAGUUUUGCGCGCUUUUCUUAACUCGAGCAACAUUCCCAAGUGUUUGGAUCAGGCCAUCCAAACACUGAAACCAUAACUAAGUAAUUGUUUUAUAAAAUAACCACUUUCCGUGUUAAAAUUUCACUUUAAAUUUCCUGAUCCACGGGCCAAACACGGGUUUCGACCAAUCAGAGCACGCGUGUUAUAUACAUGUUAUUUUAUAAUGCUGUAUCAUACUGUUAUGUAUAGUAUGCUAAUAUAUAAUUGCCAUCAUGGUGACUCCCAAUUCAUCGACGGAAAAAAAACUGUACACAAAAUCAUAUUACCAUCUCAUUUUGCCUCUAUUCUAUUUCUGUUUUAUAAUUGCCUUAGUCCAAAUAAAAAUGACUAUUAUACGGAAAUUAGCGACCGUCUAAAAUUCAGACUAGGGUAUGCGGGUCUUUACGACCUCAUGGAGUUAAGCGUCCAUGCCUUGCAUAGCUUUAAAAUAGCUUUAGUCAGUUUUGACAAAAUUACUUUUACGUUUGUAUUCGAGCCAAAACAUGCAUUACUAAACUUUCAAAACCACUUAUCUUUCUUUUAAACAACCCUGUAGAACAAAAUGUAGAACAAAAUUUGUGAAAGCAUGGUCUAUCGAUCCCUUCGUCUUUACGAAUUUUAUCUAGGAGUGUCAGAAACGUUCUCACAGACACAGGGCACACUUAUCAUGCACAUCGUGAUAAGCACCAAUUGAAGUGUUUACGUUACAGUGGGUGGGUUUUAUGUCAUAGAGAAACUCGAAAGUCAUUAUUGGUAGAUCAUUUUGACUUCUUCAGGACCACUUCAAAGUCAAAACGAAACUGAUUUAUUUGCAGGCACAUGCACUGCAACGGUAUGGAGUGUUUCAUCCCGUUUGCCAAGAUUACGAUGUAGUUGUAUAAUUAGCGCCUACAAAACUUGUACAUUUCAGUCGUAUUUCCUAUACAAAUGCAAUACGAACAUCGUAACGAUUUUAGUGUCUUUCUUCAUUUAUGUACAUGAAAAAGCAUUGCUUUGGCUACAUAUUUAACGCUUGUUUCUUUUGGUGUUACUCUGAGUGUAUAUCCACACCGGGAAAGCUUGAAAAAUAUGCCUGGCUACGGUGGGAAUCGAACCUACGACCUUUGGUAUACUAGCCCAAUGCUCUGCCAACUGAGCGACGCGGUCAGGUCAGUUCGAGAAUGUGGUCUUUCGGAACUGAGUCUAGUUCCUACGAUUUGCUAGUGUUCCAAAGGUCGUAGAUUCGACUCCCACUGACGUGGCCAUUUCAAGCUUGCCCGGUGUGGAUAUACACUACUACUGAACAUCUGACAAGCAUUUCCCACGUUAGAGAGUCUCCGCACCAGGAAAUACAACUUUUUAGUAUUAUAGUUGUUUGUAUAAUAGUAAAUUUACAGUUACAACUUUUAAAAUCACUCUUCUCGUUGUUUGAAUUGUCUAGAAUCUUUCACGAGGGCAGACAGUGCCCCAAAAAUGGCAGAUUUUGACCUUCGUGAGAAAUUGAGAAAACUUAAUUGGUGCGCUUAAAUGUUUGAAUUUUUUCACAGGAUAUUUGUUUAAUUCUUGUCAAAUUGUGAAGAAUGAAAGUUUUGUUGCCUUUCGUUUGUGUCGUUCUGUUCGCUGCGUUCACGACAGCAGACUCUGUGGAAGGUUCGUAUCAUCCUUCGUACAAUUUGAAUAUCAAUGAUUUUCAAUGAAAUUAACGCUCAGGGUUUUGAUACUGGAUAGUUCAAUCAGUUCUGAAUUAUUCUUCGGAGAAGACAGGCCAAUAAAGACGAUCUCGUAUUGAUUCAGUUUUGCUACAGAAGGAAACCGUAUACACGGGCAAUGUUUUGAGUGAAAUUUGAAGUGCUUGGAAUCGAAGCCAGUUACACAUUGUAGUACUGCCCCUUACCGCUGAGCUAAUCCUGCUACUGUUGGUCGAGACUUGGGGGUUUCUUUAUAGGUUAGGGGACUGUGCUUGGAGGGUUUUUCUUGGAGUUUUUCACUAAAAACAAGAUCCUAGGUCUUAGCCUUUGUCAAGCAGGUAACCAGGCCCUGUGUAAUCAAUAUAAAGCAACGCAUUAUCAACAAUAAUUAAAUGACUCAUUAUCUUUAAAGAUUCAGCUGAUGGCACGGAGAUAUCUCUUGAAAAACGUCAAACAUGCCCGACGUUGAUUUUGCCGUGUCGAUAUUAUUUGCCAAAUUAUUGUGAGUUUAUUCGACGGGCCAUUCAAGGCGGCAAACCAACACGUCUACAUCGCAUCACGGACGGAAAAGCCAUAACUAAAAACAAACGUCUCUCUCGCUGUGGAGGAGCGGAUGGAGGAAACGAUGCAUGUGCCCGGUAUCCCUUUGCUACAACCAGUGAAGGUACGAAGUAUAUGCAUUAAAGAAAUGUCCGCCCAGGAGAGGCAACCCAUGAUUCAGAGGUUUCUUUUGUUAGAGUAGUGACCAUAUUGGAGAGGUGUCGUCCUGGAGAGAUGCCCGUACUAGAGAGGUUUCUGUAUUAUAGAGAGGCGUCCGGAUUAAAUGGGUGUCUGGAUUAGAGAGGUGCCCAUUAGAGAGGUAUCCGUAUUAGAGAGAUAUCCAUAUUUAAAAGAUACCCAAAUUAAAAAACUUUCUGUAUCUGUAUUACAUGGAGACGUCUCUCUAUAAGAAAGGUGUCUGGAUAACAGAGAUGUGUCAGUAUCAGAGGGGUGUACAUAUCAGAUAUAUGUGUCUAUAUUAGAGAGGUGUCCGUAGUGAAGAGACGAACGUAUUAGAAAGGUGUGUCUGUAUUAGAGCGGUACCCGUAUUAGAGAGAUGUCUGUAUUAGAGACGUGUCCGUAGUGAAGAGACGAACGUAUUAGAGAGAUGUCUGUAUAAGAGAGGUACACGUAUUAGAGAGAUGUCUGUAUUAGAGAGAUGUCUGUGUUAGAGUGGUGUUCGUAUGUAUUAGAUGGAGAAGUCGUAUAAGAAAGGUGUCUAGAUAACAGAGAUGUGUCAGUAUCAGAAGGGUGUAUGUACUAGAAAGUUGUCUGUAUGAGAGAGGUGUCCGCAGUGAAGAGACGAAUGUAUUAGAAAGGCGUGCGUAUUUGAAUGGACCCGUAUUCUUGAUUAUUACUUUUGGCAUUCAGCCUUACAGAGUCGUUCUUAAACAUGAACAUUUUCUUCAUUUUUCUAGGUGGAAGUGGUGCUUCUAAAACUCGUGUUCCAAAGGGUGAAAAUGCUUUACAACGUUCUAUUGUGUUGAAUUUUUUCAGAACAAGUUCGAUUGGUAAUGGUGGCUGUUUCAAUGUCGAACUUGGUAAAUAAAUCUUCAUUUCGGCCCUCCUUAAAUCACAUAUCACUCGAUUUGUAUUGUCUUAUCUCACAACACUAACUGUUUUAUGGACUAUUUACAACAUGGAUGGACGCAAAUGUUGUAAAUGGCCUGAUGAGAACAUCCAGUGCGUAUUCUUCAAUAAUUUAAAAUAAAUGAAUGAUAUUUAGUGAGAAAUUUGAACUUAAAGAUUAUGUAAAUCAACAUGAUUUUGUAUCAGAUAUUCACACUCCUUCACGCUCAUGAUUUCUUUUGUGUUUUCUUCAUGAAUUAUUAAUGAAUUUCACAACUUUCGUUAAAAUACAUUUCAACUUUCUAAGCCACGUUUUACAGUCGGGGAAUAUUCCCCGAUAAUCACCGAGCCUGAGGCGAAUAAUUGUUUUAGCAUUUUUACACAAGUCUUUUGUGUUUUUUGGGACUGAAUUUAUUUUAAUUUCUCUUAUUUCUUUAUCAGUAACUUCCACAAAACGGUUAGCCGCAAUUUUGCAAAUUUCGGUUGUCAUAUUCUUGACCAAUCAACUUGUAGAAUUUGUUAUAUUCACUUGUGCAAAAAUACUAAUUCAAGUUAAUGUUGUACUUGUAGAAUUUUCUUUUGUUGAGGAGCGAAAUAGAACCGGUACCGUUUUUAAAUGAAAUAAACAUAAAAUUUUGUCCUUUUUAACACUUGGGGAACAAAAAAUUUUGAAGUUGUUGGGAGUAAAUUUUGUAAAUUUUUGCGACAAUGCGUUUCCAAGAGUAAGCGCUUAAGAUAACAUUCAAGGAACAUCGAAAUUCAAUGUUUCCUCGACAAAGUUUCCUAAUUUGAAGACGAGAAAUUCCUCCCCUUCCCACUUAUCCGCGCGUCAUUAAUUAUUCGAUUUCCUCAUUAAUUAUUCUAAUUAUUCAUUUCCCUCUUAAUUUUCGUUUUUUCCUAGAAUUUAUCCUAGAACGAGAAGUCAACAAGUGACGGUGGAUGGGAUGCGCAGGAAAUAAAUGUGCCCAGUAUCCCUUUGCUACAACCGAACAAGGUCAGCAGAGGCGACACGUGAUUCACAGGUUUCUUUAUUGGAUAGGAUAGAUGGAUAGAUGAUUUAAUAGUUAAACUCGCAGCCUUGGUAAUAACCUUUGGCUGAAUAACGUUAUGUUUUACAACAGUAGAUUAAAAAAGUUAAUAAAAGUAUUUACCUAUGUAUUUACAUGGAUUAAACACAUUAAAUAUUUUACGUAUAUUCUAU